GACGCACUCUCAUUUCUAAAAUGGCGUCCCUCGCUGCGCUCUGCCGAGGUGCUAAAGUUUUGGAAAAUACCUUCAGAUAUGCUCCCCGGAUUUUAGCGGCAGGUCCAUGCAUCAAUCAAACGGGGCAGCGGCGACAUCUAUCGAUCCAUGAACACAUAGCCUGGGAGUUUCUGAAGGAUAGAGGUGUCAGUAUACCAAAACAUGAUGUGGCUGAAACUGCUGAUGACGUCUACAAAAUUGCAAAACAAAUUUCGGAGGAAACUGGUAGUGCUGAUGUGGUAGUCAAGGCACAAGUAUUGGCUGGUGGACGUGGGAAAGGAACGUUCGAUAGUGGUCUGAAAGGAGGCGUUAAAUUGGCCUACUCACCUGAUGAGGCACGAGAUUUAGCAGACCAGAUGUUGGGUCAUCGCCUAGUUACCAAACAAACCGGUGAAGCGGGAAUUUUAUGUAACAAGGUGAUGGUUGUGGAGAGGUUGUACUCCAGGAGAGAGUAUUACUUUGCUAUUACGUUGGAUCGAGCAUUCGCUGGUCCGGUCAUGAUCGGUAGUGCCCAGGGCGGCAUGAGCAUAGAAGAUGUGGCCAAGGAGAAUCCAGACGCGAUUAUCAAACAACCUGUUGAUAUCCAUGAAGGCAUCCAAGAGGAGCAGGCACUCAGCCUCGCAAAGGAGCUUGGAUUCAGGGGACCCAUGUUGAAAAAGGCAGCUGAUAACAUGAUGAAGUUGUACAAUCUGUUCAUGGACAAGGAUGGUACUCUCCUUGAAAUCAACCCAAUGACCGAGGGCACUGACGGUGAAGUCUAUUGCAUGGAUUGCAAGAUGAACUUUGACGACAAUGCAGAGUAUCGCCAGGCGGAGGUCUUUGAUCGCAAGGACUGGUCGCAGAUCGAUGAGAAAGAAGUGCGCGCUCAGAAAGCCAAUCUCAACUAUAUCUCUCUUGAUGGAAAUAUAGGCUGCCUAGUUAAUGGUGCUGGUCUCGCGAUGUCAACCAUGGAUAUCAUCAAACUGCAUGGUGGCACACCGGCCAACUUCUUGGAUAUCGGUGGUGGUGCCACGGCAGGCCAGGUGACAGAAGCCUUCAGACUCAUCACAGCAGAUCCCAAGGUGAAUGCCAUCUUGGUUAACAUAUUUGGUGGCAUCAUGAGAUGUGAUGUGAUUGCCCAGGGAGUCAUAGCAGCUGCAAAUGAGCUUAGUCUCAAAAUCCCCAUUGUAGUGCGAUUACAAGGUACCAGAGUAGAAGAUGCUAAGGCUCUGAUUGCUUCAAGCCAGCUGCGUAUAUUAGCUUGUGAUAAUCUCGAUGAAGCUGCUAAAAUGGUCGUACGACUCAGUGAUAUUGUAGUCCUCGCCAAAGAAGCUGCCGUCGACAUCAAAUUCAGUUUGCCUAUCUAAAUAUCGGGUUGUUUCUUGGCCGAGAUUGAGGCUUUGCCGUGUUAGAUAUUCUGAUGUAUGAGGUAACACUAAUGAAAUCAAAUCACUUUACUUUGAGGGAUAAGCAGAGAGACCGUAGUUGCUUGAGAUAUCUGGCACUUGAGAUCUGUUCGUGUCUGUCACUAAGCUAUAGGUCACAGAUCCAGUGUGUUUACCUUUGUGCGUUCUUCUGAAAUCUUGAAUGGCGAGAAAAAGUAGUCAGUAUCUUGCUUCAGAUGGCUUGUCCUUGGUCAAGGCUUUGACCGAUUCUGACAAAGUAUUAGUCUUAGAUACUUUGUUAUUUCAGAUGAAAUAUAACAUUUUGUUCAAAUGUUGCAUUUUCUGGACAAGAAUCACCAAAAAAUCAGAGUGUUAUUCUUUGGUGAAAUUGAGUAGUUCUCUCUUGAUAUUGAGUUUGUUUUCCUUUAGUAUUUUGUCAUAGAGAAACGACUAAACCACCAAUCAGCUUAAUUCACAUGUUGUUAAAUGGCAUCUAGUUUUUAGUGAAUUCAUAUUGAAUGAUUUAGGCAAACUGGGAUUGUAUAUGAAGAUGCUGAGACUGACAUGUCUAAUAAAUAUGUAUAUUUUUACCAAUCUUUUUUGAACAGCUGAUUUUGAUUUCUCCUUUGCCUUAAUGUGCUCAAAAGUUGAGACUGGUUCUCAGUUAACAUGCCCUUUAGAUUGCUGCUGCAGCAAAAAGCGUGGACCAACUGUCAGUUUGGGAAAUGUAAAACUUGUAAAAACUGAAGUAUCAUCCCUCUACCAUGUCUACUGCACAGGUCUGGACAUGAGGCUUGUCCAACCCUGUCCUGGUAAACACUGCAACCAGGAAAAUAUUUGCAGUUGCUUGCACUUUUGCCUUUGCUCAGUUUCCCUUGCCCACCAACGAAUGGGUCCAUUCUCGUCGUUACGAUAGGGAAAGUGGGCUUAUUAUGAGCUUGUUUGCAGCUACAUCUCAGUGCUUAUGUAUAUUUUUCGCUUCUUGUGACAAUCCAAUGGAAUUGUCCGAUUUAUAUCCACGCGCUGUUGGCUGUAAUAUUCAAUGAUGGAAGGCAGUUUGAGAGAUCUAAAUGAUGAAAUGAACUGACUUGUUAUUCAGGUUGAUCAGAGCUGCCCUCGUCUGCAGAAACUGAUCGUCUGUUUAAAAUGUUUGUGUGGUUGUUCCAUAGAGCCUAGCAGUCUGUACAAAGUAUCAGCAUUGUUCAUGAGAAAUGUAACACAUAUUUAUGUUAUAAUGAAAAGGUUUAAUAAAAAUAAGAUGAACAUUUUAA